AUGGCAGACAGAACACCAGCCACGACAAGCCAAAAGCCAGAAGGCGACAAUACCGCGACAGCUGAGGCUCCAGCUAGCUGUACGAAAACUGUUGAGCCGAACAAGAUGGUGUUCUACAACCCGACGUCUGGCAAGCGACACGAAAUAUAUAUUCCCAGAGGAAAAUUUCAGAAAGCGCACGAUCUCUAUGUGCAGAAGAACUGGGAGGAACUGUGCAAGUUCCUGCUUACACCCAGUCUGUUUCGCGCAACGAUGUCCGCGCAAGAGUACUAUAAUCCAGGCCAUAUUGGCGGCCCAAAGCCAGAUACCCCAUUCAGCGACAACACCAGCAAUCGACCAUGGACCCCUCCAUCCUCGACUGUCACUCCAGGACCCGAAAUGUCCUACUCACCAGUGGUAGACAAUCGUCCUUACAAUUAUGGUGCCCCGCCCCCGCCGACAACCAGCUACGGGCGUCCUCAGAACGUAUAUCCGUCUCAGCCUUUAGAAGGUAUGACUCCGGGAUUUUCUUCGCAGACAAAACCACAGCAGUACGACAAUGAGUAUAGCAACUCUGGACCUCCGCCUUACACCCAGCACUACUAUGGCUCACAACAGCCGCAUCCCCCAUACCCUACGCUUGACACCUAUCCUGAGCGUCCGCCCACCCAGCCGCCGUAUCCACAGGAUCAGAAGGAUCAGAAGGAUGAAAGAGGCUUCAUGGGAGCGGUUGCUGGAGGCGCUGCAGGCGCCUACGCCGGUCAUCAGGUCCAUCACGGCGUCCUGGGGACCAUUGGAGGAGCGAUAACUGGGUCUCUCGCCGAGGACGCGAUCAAGAAACACAAGAAAAAGAAGGAGAAGAAAGAGGGCAAAUGGGGCCAUGGUCGCCGAUCCUCGUCCUCCUCUUCGUCAUCGGACAGUGAUGACGGUCGGGCUCAUCAUCAGCAACAUCCUCCUGCACAGCCCUCUUUCCGAGGCAACUUUUCCGCCUCGUCAACGGAGAUUAGCCUCGAGCACCACUUGGAGCUGACGGCUAGAUGCCGUUCCGUCUCAGGAGAACUGCAUCGUUCGAGUAUCUCAUUGAACUCUGUACUCUCGAACAACUUUGGCUCUUUUGUAUGGGCGCGUGGCGGUAAUUUUGGAGCGUCGGCGAGAAAUGUGCAUCUUGCUGAAGGUGGAAGAGUACUUGAUGCUGAGCUGGCGGAUGGAAACGGCCACUGGAAGAGGGCAUGGGUGAGAUUGGAUGAGCGGAUCACUAACCAGAAUGGGCAUCUUGUAUUCCUGGAUUGA